UUCAAUUCUGUGUAGAGAACCAUCAUCAUCCUACUGUCAUGAAAGGCUUUUCCAAGAAUGACGUCAGACGGGUCAUCAAUAGUCACUUGCCAAAAAUAUCAAAGGUCAAAGGAAAUGAUAAUGAAACUGAAAUUCUAAUCUAUUUGACUUAUUUGGUCUUUUUGCAAGAAUUGGCAGAUGAGAGCAGAUUAGAGAUGCAGUUGGAGGGAGCUGCAAGUCGUCAGAUAGCAAGAAGGCAUGUCAUUAAAGCAGGUCGAACAGUACUGAAAAAGCACUUUCGAGAUGGCUAACGAUAUGAUUCUAGAACGGGGAUACAAAGAACACAUCUCUCACUAGAUACCACGACCUCCAGUAACCUCAAGAGUUUGUCCGCUAACAUAACUUGCCAAAGGACUGGCCAAGAAGAGAAUAGAAGCACCUGCUUCAGCUGCUUCUCCUGGUCGUCGUAAUGGAAUAUCUGCUGCUGCAUUAACAGCGCCUGCUU